AUGGGCGCGUCCUACAUGGCGGAGGAUGACCGCAAGAGGGCCACAGGCUUUCUCGGUCUCUUCGACGCCGUCGCCGACACAAUAUCGCUCAAAUACGAUGUCACGAGUGCGUUGCGCAUCUCGAAAUAGAGAAGAGCCAUACCUCGGCGGUCGAUGCAGAUGGAUGGAUGUGUGGUUUGCUUCAUUUAGAGCUGGUUCUGGAUGUGGCACCGACAACAGACCAUGUCUACCAUGCCAUCUCUCUGGACGAGCGAGUGGGUGAGUGCAGGUCCAUGCAAGUCGGCACACAGAGAGAGACACAUGUCCGUGUCCUCCGCAAGCUUGUAUCCAGGCAAAGGGGCACUUUCGACGCAUUUUCCAUCGCCUUUAAGCCUUCUGCCUACGAGACGGAAAAGCCAACAUACUCGACGGUGAAGGGACAGGUGAGCAAAGUCCCAUCUAAGAGCGACGCCGCAACUCCAUCGUCCAUCGUGCCGUCAGGAGCCACACAUCGAAAACGUUUGGUUUGAAGGUGAUCACAGUGACGUGGGCGGCGGCUAUCCCGAAGGUGAUCGCCUCGCUUAUCUACCACUCCGGUAAGACGAACAGGGCACACAAGAAACUAUGGCAGCUCUCUGUUGCAUUGACAGUGGCCUGCCUGCCUGCCUGCCUGCCUGCUGCUUACCUGCCGCCUGUCUCUCUCUCUCUCUCUGACUUCGAUCAGGUGGAUGCUGGAAAAAGCUGAGUCUGCGGGCCUCAAGCUGAUUGACAAUUGGCAGAAGCGCAUCCCUACCUACAUGGACCUCCUCACAGCUACAGCGCACGACAAGUCAAGUGAAGCAACAUGGAAAGUGAGUGUGAGCAAUUCCUCGACAACGGUCGAUCAGUGUACUGUGCACUCACUCACUGUGCGCGUAUCGAAUGACUCCAUCGAUGGGAAGGUGCACUCACCUCUCUCUCUCUCUCUCUCUGUGUGUGUGUGUGUGUGUGUGUGUUUCUCGGUGUUUUGUGCAGUCUCAGGUGUCGAAGGCUCCUUUGGUCGAGAAGGCCUGGAACGACAUGAGAAAGCAGGCUGUCGAAACAAGGCCUCGAGGAACCUUCAAAUGCUUUUUCUCCGCCAUGAAUGUCCAAAAGAUCGCAAGACCACUGCUGCAUCGAUUCGUCCUCGACCGCUUCCAUCUCCGGUAGGCACGGAUACACGCAAGCAAUCUGUGCGUGUGCACAUGUCUCUCUCCGUCUUUAUGUGUGCCUGGCCGAUCGAUGCGAUCGAUCAGGAUGGAACUGCCUCGCUCGUUGUGCUGCCAGCACUUUCCCCUUAUCGACAGGCCGCUGUACUCGGACGAGAAAGCCAAUGAGCCAACCGAUCAUGUGGCCAACACGAUCCGCUUCGUCCCGAAGGGGACACGUCCGGACGGUCUCGAGGAAUACGACAUCGAGACCAAGACGACCGGUGGCACACUGAUGAUCUAUCAGGUGCUCUUCACGCCCGCCGAGCCUGUCAGCAUCCCCAUCAAGUUCGCCGAUGACACGUGGCAUGCAGUGUCCAGCUCGCCUACCUGCCAGGCUGACCACUUGCUGUUGGCGUGCUGUGUGACGGAGCGCAUGAGGCCGACGUGCAAUGUGCACGAGCUGCAAGGCGAGAUGGAGAGAUUUCAGAGAGCCACGAGUAAGAGGGAGCAGCUGUGCAAGGCCAGACACCCGUCGAAGUGAUUAAAUGAGACACACGCGAGAACCCACCAGCCAUGCAGCAUGAGAGACACAACAGACUCCUGCGAUCGAUCCUUGGUGUUGUCUGAAUCUGCGUGGGAGAGGCGAGGGGGAGAUUUGAGUGAGUGAGUGAGUGAAAGACGGAGGCUACUUGACUGAGACAGGGGAUGGGAGGCACAUCCCCACACACGAAUGGCAGAGGCGAAGGAAAGAGGAGGAGAGAUGGGCCCACGAGACCAGCCAGGGCCGAUCAGCCAGCUGGUGCACUUGGCUAACGUAUUCCCUACAUGCCUGUCUGCAUGCGUAUGCAUCCACCCGUCUCUCGCCC